AUGGCAGAAGCCGUGGUCACUUUCUUUUCGCUCGUCGAGUUCACCACCAAGACCUUGUUGGAAUUGAUCCAGUUCCUGUCCACAGUGAGUGAGGCUGGCAAUCAGAUCCAGACCAUUAGAAAUGAUGUCAAAGCAAUUUACGCCUUGGUGCACAGUUUACAUACCUCACUAUGUAAAGAGCAGGUGCAGACCGUUGUUAAGGCCGAUUCGGACAUACGGUUGGCGUUGGAUACGCUGCACUCGCCCAUUAGGAACUGCCGCGAGGCCUGUCUGAGCGUCAAGAAAAAGCUGGGACAUUAUUCCCGAGCACAGGAGACGGGUAAUCGGAAGCAUAAUCUCUUAGCCGAACAGCACAUUGAUUUCAGGCAUGUCAAAUGGUAUUUCAAGCGCAGUGAAGUGCUUGACUCGGUCGGGGAGUUGGAACGGGCGAAGCUGACUUUGGCCACGGCGAUGCAGAAUGUUACAAUGGUUAUCUGCUUGAAAGCAGUCACUGCUGGCUUAUGGCGACCGACUAAAUCUCCAAAGGACGAUGCUGGCACAGCCCUAACUCGAUUCUCCAAUUCUAUGAAUCGUCUGCACCGUCGACCGAGAAUUUUCAAAAAACCGACUAACGACAAUAAAACCGAUGGCAGUGGCGAAAUACAACCACUGCCCGAAAAUAGUCCGGCCACAGCAACCAAGAUCAUCAGACUCGUACGCAGUAACUUGGUUCCCUUGAUCAAGGACACGCUACCGCAUAUCGAUGUCAAUGUACAAGAUGACGAUGGAAACACAGCGCUGACGGUUGCCGCUGCAAUGGGCAAUCUAGAGAUCGUGGACAUGCUCCUUCAGCAUGGCGCCUCGGUGUCCAUUCAAAAUUAUAGCUUGAGCCAUUCCCGCGAAGACAAUCAACACAUCAUCUUCGCCACCGGAAUAUUCCCAAUUCAUGCUGCGGCAGCACAGGGCCAUUCCAAAGUUGUAAAGCUGCUUCUGCGAUACGGUGCCAACCCCAAUGCACGCACAGGUGGAGGGAGAUCACCGCUGCAUGAAGCUGUUAGGAACAAUCAUCUGCCGGUAGCAAAGCGACUGCUGAAAGCUGGGACUGACAUUAAUUCGCGAACACACAUCAAUGGCUUGGCUCCAAUCCAUGAAGCAGUGCUCCAAGGCCAUGAAGAGAUGUUACGAUUCCUGAUCAGCCACAACGCCAGCAUGGACGCCCUAGCCUUCAAGACGAACAUGGCUCCGCUACAUUAUGCAGUGCAAGGCAGACGACAGAACCUUGUGCAUAUGCUGCUUAAGAACAGAGCUGACCCCGACAUGCGCAUGGUUGAAGGUAUAACCCCGCUCCACAUAGCAGCGGCGGACGGAUGGAUCGAAGGCAUAAAAGAACUCCUCGAGUAUAAAGCCACUAUUGAAGUCCAGGAUACUUUUCUUCAGGAGACGCCGCUGCACAAAGCAGCACGAAACCAGAAGUUGGCAGCUAUCGACAUCCUCUGCAAACGUGGCCCCUCUAGUAUGGCAACCAAAAAUAUCGAUGGUCUCUCUUUUCAGCAGGUGCUAGAUCGUGCUAAAGCUUCUCCUCGCUGUUGGAGUGUGGAACCUUCCACAGCGGCGUUUGCGAGU